AACACCACCGGUAUCCGCCGAUCACCAUAAAUAAAAAAUAACCUCACUAAUUUUAUUGUUAUGUUAUUAUUUAUCUUCAAAAUUAACUAAAUAGAUGAAUAAUUUGGUUAUUUAUUGACAUUAAAAUAUUUAUAGUUCAAAAUGGUGAUCAUAACAUGGAGAUUUCGAGGGUUAUUUCGAAGACUAAAAGGCUAUAUAUUUUGGAAAAUAUCUCAAGCAUCGUUGACCGCUCGUUCUCUUACGUACAAUGAGCACAUGAGCCAAAGCUAUGCGGUGGAUUUCCUAUUGGAACCUGUGUUUUGGUUUGUUGACAACUUCGCCCAGUAUCUUGGAAAAAUGUUUGUUUUCUGCGUUUCUAUUCUAACAAGCGCGGUUGUAGGCGUGGCUUACUGGGUAGGUCUGCCAUACUGGUGGCAGAGAUGUCCUUAUACAACUGUAUUUCUAGUCAUAUUCGGCAACUGGCUGCUGAUUAAUAUUGUAUUCCAUUACUACAAAGGUGUCGUUACUGAACCUGGAUACCCACCACCGAGCACACUAAUAUCGGAUGCAGCAAGCAUAUGCAGGAGAUGCAUAUCUCCUCGACCGCCACGAACCCAUCACUGCUCAGUGUGUGACCGAUGCAUCUUAGCCAUGGAUCACCAUUGCCCAUGGCUCAACAAUUGUGUGGGCUACUACAACGCAAGAUUCUUCUUUCUGUACAUGGUGUAUAUGGUCAUGGGUGUGGCGUUCAUCAUCACUGCAGGAAUUGAUAUUGGAUAUAAAGUUAUUUGGCUGAAUGAUACAGGGGGUAUAAUCCCAAAUAACGAUCCAGAUCUGAUUGGGCACCCGGUGCGGCUGAACCAGACGGGCGUAUUGGUUCCUGUAAAGGAAAUAGUGGAAUACGACUCUGUUAACUUUCCACGCGAACACAAUCUACCCGUGCCGCCGAUCACCGAAGCUCAACGGAUCGCCGCUCACCCGUGGAAGAGAAAAGCGGUUGUUUUCAUGGCCGUCACAUGUUGCUCCGUGUUCCUCGCCCUCGGAACAUUAACUAUCAUCCACGGUAAGAACAUCGGCCGCGGAGAAACUAGCGUAGAAGCUCACAUCAACGAGAAGUUACGCAAGCUAUCUCCAGGCACUUUUAGGAAUCCGUAUGAUUUCGGUAAGCGGAAAAAUUGGCGCCUGUUUCUUGGUCUUACGCAGGGCCGAACGUUUUUGAGGCAUGUUUUGUUGCCUUCUGGGCAUGCGCCCACUGGAACUGGGCUGGCUUGGCAUACUGUGCGAACUUCACUUGAAGACUGGCCUUGAUUUUGUGUACUCAUUCAUGGUUCUUAGCUAAUUACGAGUAGUGCUUUGCACUGCCAGAUAUUUAAGAAAGUCAUUUAGUAUUAGAAGGCGUAGGUUUGCAAAUGUUUUAUUCGAACAGAUAUAAUUAGUAUGUCGUUAAAUUAUUCUGACCUAGUUAAGAAGAGUUACCACAUGUCAAUACUCACGAUUUAAUGUUCAGGAUUUUUUUUUACCAAAACUUAUGACUUAAUAUUUGAUAUAAAUGUACAGUUUAUAGAUACGAAAGUACAGAUUGUGGUAGUUCUUUAUUGAAUGAAAAUAUAUGUUUUAGGUAGUGUCUCAGUAAAUAUGUUAACAGUAUUUUUUAGAAGAUAAGUGCUUGUUCGCAUUAUUAACUCAUGCACAACAGUUAUUACCUACAUUAUUGUUUUUACGUAAUAUUAAUUAGCAGCACGUGCAGUCGCCCUCGGAUAUCGACUGAUUUCAUACAGUCGCUGCAAGUGCGGUUGGUAGUUGCAGUCGGCAGCUAGCAUUCAGAGCGAAUAUUUAGAGUCGCUGUAAUGCCAAAUGUCUAGUGAUGGAAUGAAUGAGGUUUAGUCACGAGACGCAUGUUUGUCGCGGAAUUGUAUCUUUAUUGUAUCUUUAUAUACAGUAUUUUCAUGUCCUCUCAGUUUUCACAUUAUAAUUAUUUACAUAUGUUUUAUCAGCUUUAACCUAUAGAGAUUACUUUGCAUUAAAAAAAUAUUUUAUGUAAAUUAAAUUAAUAUUAAAUUCGAUCAUCUGUCAUUUCGUUGGCGCGGUUUUAGAGUACUUUCGUAUUAUUGUAAAUAUAUAUUUCCAGAGCGGACUAUUUUUAUACCUUUCGAGAGGACUUAGUGUAAACAAUGUUGUGAUUAAGACUGAGCUGUUUGAUUGUGACACGGAAUUAUGUAGUUUUUAGUUAAUAUUUAUUUAUUGGUCUCUCACUACCUGUUGUCCUGUUUGGUUGACUGCAUCGUUGGUCUAGUGGUCGCAAGCGCGGCUGCUGUACUCGAGGUCUGGGGUUGAUUCCCGGGUCGGGCCGAAAUUGCUUUGGGGGUUUUCUUAAACUUUGACAAAGCAGCCCGUAGUCUGGUAGUUGGUGAUUGAUUCACCCGUGCAUGUCGCAUCACCCUCUUUCCGGUCGUGUCGGAUCGCCGUCCCAUAGGGUUACGAGAGUGAAGGAAUAGAGAGUGCACCAGUGUCUGCGCAAAUGCUCGUGCACUAUAAUAUGUCCUGCACUGC